UUCUUCACACCCCAGCCGCCGCCGCACACGCCCUCCCGGGAAUGGCGAACUGUAAUUAACCCUGUAGCGCCCAGGAAGACCCCACCGGCGGCGAGCGCCCGCAGGGUCGGCCGCUGGGCCGCGAUUCCCCGCAGGCGGGCGCGAAGGCGGCCCAGGGCCAGGUGGGUGCGGGCACCGCUGGCCCGACCGCCAGGGGUGCGAGCCGGGUGCGGGCAUGGCGCCCGGGCAGCGCAGAGGUGCCGUCCGGCGCUCCCCUCCUAGCUUGGCUUUCUCGCCUCCUCUCCCGGCGCGCCAGGCCGCCGGCUGCCGGGGGGCACGCCGGGCCGGAGUUGCCCUCUCACUCCCCCUUGCCUUGCUCCCCGGGUUUAAUCUCUCGGCGACUCCUCUGCCAGCCCCGAGGAAAGUGCAGCCAUUGGACAGACUGCUGCAGCCCGAGCCUUCCCGGGGCUCAGCUCUGGGGCUGCUCAUCCCUCCGGCUGCGAGCAAGGACGCGCGCCCAGCGUCGGGGCGAAGAAAAGAAGAAAAACUUGUCGGAGGGGUUUCGCCAUCCCACAGUAACCCCCUUCCCGCAAACCCAAACCUUCCGCGGGGGCCACCCUAGGACUGGGGAAAGUUCCUUCCGAGCCGACAGCCCUCUUGGAUUUGGACAGGCACCCGCGCUGGCUGAGGAAUUAGAUCUGUUUUGAACCCAGUGGAGCGCAUCGCGGGGGCUCGGAAGUCACCGUCUACGGGCACCGGGGUGGCGCUGCUUGUGCGGAAGGGAGAGUUUGCCAGCCCCAGCUCAAGUGGCCUUUCGUCUCCGCAAUUGUUGUGUGUCUGGGGUGAGGGCUGCGAGUGUCGUGGCAAGUUGUGAAGAGAGACCUGGAGGUCCGGAGAGGACUGCGCUCCCCUCGCUCUCCCUUCUUCCUCUUCCCGGCUCCCGGGUGUGAAGUCCCAGAGAAAUUUACAAAGGCCUCUGCAUCCCGCCGAGACCAGUCCUCAGCGUUCGGCCCCGUUGUUCCCAUUCCCAGCGGGAGCCCCGGGGCACAGGGUGCCGGAGAAGUACUGGCGGGGAAGGGGAGGGAGGUCGCGGCAGCGGCAUGGCGAGGUUCCCGAGGGCCGACCUGGCUGCUGCAGGAGUUGUGUUACUUUGCCACUUUUUAAUGGACCGGUUUCAGUUUUCUGAAGGGAAGCCUGGAAACCAAGUCAAUGAUUGGCACUAUCAGGUUGCUCAGGCCUUCCCACAAACAGAAGAGGAGGUGGAGGUGGAUUCCCAUGCAUUCAGCCACCGGUGGAAAAGGCACUUGGAUUCUCUCAAGGCGGUAGACUCAAACCGAGCCAGCCUGGGCCAAGACUCCCCAGAGCCCAGAGGAUUCACGGACCUGCUCCUGGACGACGGGCAGGACAACACCACCCAGAUUGAGGAGGACACAGAUCAUAAUUACUAUAUAUCUCGGAUAUAUGGUCCAUCUGAUUCUGCCAGCCGGGAUUUGUGGGUGAACAUAGACCAAAUGGAAAAGGACAAAGUGAAGAUUCAUGGAAUACUGUCCAAUACUCAUCGACAAGCUGCAAGAGUGAAUCUGUCCUUCGAUUUUCCAUUUUAUGGCCAUUUCCUACGUGAAAUCACUGUGGCAACUGGGGGUUUCAUAUACACUGGAGAAGUUGUACAUCGAAUGCUAACAGCCACACAGUACAUAGCACCUUUAAUGGCAAAUUUUGAUCCCAGUGUAUCCAGAAAUUCAACGGUCAGAUAUUUUGAUAAUGGCACAGCGCUUGUUGUCCAGUGGGACCACGUACAUCUCCAGGAUAAUUACAACCUGGGAAGCUUCACAUUCCAAGCAACCCUCCUCAUGGAUGGACGCAUCAUCUUCGGAUAUAAGGAAAUUCCUGUCUUGGUCACACAGAUAAGUUCGACCAAUCACCCAGUGAAAGUGGGGCUGUCAGAUGCAUUUGUCGUUGUCCACAGGAUCCAACAAAUUCCCAAUGUUCGAAGAAGAACAAUUUAUGAAUACCACCGAGUAGAACUACAAAUGUCAAAAAUCACCAAUAUUUCAGCUGUGGAGAUGACCCCAUUGCCUACAUGUCUCCAGUUUAAUGGUUGUGGCCCCUGUGUAUCCUCUCAGAUUGGCUUCAACUGCAGUUGGUGCAGUAAACUUCAAAGAUGUUCCAGUGGAUUUGAUCGCCAUCGGCAGGACUGGGUGGACAGCGGAUGCCCUGAAGAGUCAAAAGAGAAGCUCUGUGACACCACAGAGCCAGUGGAACGUUCUACUCAAACCACCACCAUACGAGCAACGAGCACACAAUUCAGGGUCCUGACGACCACCAGAAGAGCAGCGACACCCCGGCUGCCCACCAGCCUGCCCACAGAAGAUGAUACCAAGAUAGCUCUACAUCUAAAAGAUAAUGGAGCCUCUACAGAUGACAGUGCUGCCGAGAAGAAAGGGGGAACCCUUCACGCCGGCCUCAUCGUUGGAAUUCUCAUCCUCGUCCUCAUUAUAGCCGCAGCCAUUCUUGUGACAGUCUAUAUGUAUCACCAUCCGACCUCAGCAGCCAGCAUCUUCUUUAUUGAGAGACGCCCAAGCAGAUGGCCUGCGAUGAAGUUUCGAAGAGGUUCUGGCCAUCCUGCCUAUGCUGAGGUUGAACCAGUUGGAGAGAAAGAAGGUUUUAUUGUAUCAGAGCAGUGCUAAAAUUUCUAGGACAGAACAGCACCAGUGCUGGCUUACAGGUGUUAAGACUAAAAAUUUGCCUAUACCUUUAAGACACACACACACACACACACACACACACACACACACACACACACGAGCCCUAAGCUGCUGUAGUCAGAAGGAGAUGAGAUUUCUGGACAAGCCCAGCCCAGGAAGGGUUAAAAAAAAAAACCUAAAACUUAUAGAGGAUACCAAUUACCACUGAACAUAGAAUUCCCUAGUGGAAUGACUUCUGUAGUUCACUCAGCACAUCUGUGGACUUGAUCAGAAAUAUGACAAGAUUACAAUGCUGUUGGCUUAAGGUACAGGGUUGCAAAGGGAUCAAGACAAAACAUAAUAAAGCUUUAGUUCACGAGGGAUCUACACCUUGGUUCAAAUAUUCUUCUCCGAUAACUGUGUUCCACAGCCUGAACCCAUUCACUCAAAAGAGCAAUGAUGAAUAUUUCAGUUUGCUGAGAAAAGGAGCUGAUGCAGGAGCAAAAACAAACACAAAAUAAGAGGUUUUUCUGUCUUUUCACCAGACAUGUGGCUAAAGGGUUUUGUUUUUCUGGUCUAGACCCACCUGUUCCAACAAGUUCAUCACUUUACAGGAUGAAUCUUUUACCUGUCCUGGAGGUUCCGCCUCCGCCUCCGUCUUCCUUGUUCUGGUUGCCCACUCUAUGAGCAGUGACAGAAUCGCAGCCUUUUAGCUAAGUGUGAGAAAGGAGGGAGAGGCAAAGGAGGCUUCUGGUUCCCCUGCCUCAGAGUUAAACAUCUGAUUUGUUUUAAGAAGUAUUGCCUCCACCGCCCACUGUGAAGUCCUACGAAGCCACAGUUGCUCUUGGCUGAAGGAAACAAAAGGAAACAAUACGAAGAGUUCCUUAAUCGUUUUUGAGGCAAAAAAUGUUAAGGGAUUCUAAACACGUGGGGUUUUUGUUUCCGCUUUUUACUUUUUGCCGUUUCAGUCCAAAAGGCCCAUUUCAUUGUCGAUUCCAAUCUAAGAAGCCAUUCAAGGCAGCACAUCCCUGGCGAUAUAAAGAAGGAAAGAACCCUGCUGAGUCAUACAGCAAUUUUCUUUAAAGCACAUAGUAGUUACGUAAAUAUAUAUAUAAAUAUAUUUUUGUUUAUAACUAACACAAGGCAGGCUCUUGUGACUCAGAGUGCAUUUUGUCAUCAAGACAAAACAAAUGCGAGAUGCAUUACUGCAUACUUCCAUAGAGUUGUAAAAUAAUCCUUAAUAUUAGAAUAUUUUUAUGUCACUUAGCAGAAGUGGUUCAAUUAGUUGCAGUGCCCAUCAUUUUCCUGCCUAUUUGAUCUGCUCUCCCAUUUAUAUCAACCCCUUCCCUCCCUGGUGAAAUAAAGCAGAUGCAAAAAGCUCCUUAGAUGGAUCUGUCAUUUGCCCAUAAUCACAGUCCAGAUUUUGAAACCUCCCCAUGAAUGAAGACAGGAAAUUCAUCCCUGGAGGAGGAAAGUGGUUAAUAUAUAUACUGAGCUCCUAAAGUUUAAAUUCAGGUACUGUGUGUACAAUUUCAUCAACAUCUCGACCCAUGAAACUUACGUCUUGUGCCAAGAAGCUAUUGGUUUCUGUAGGGUACCGUGUCCAACAUUUGCAGAUUCAGGUAUCAAGAAGCAGAGAUGUCUCGUAAGCAGCACUUUACUACCAACUUAGCAUCUAUACACAUGUCUACAUCGAAUGACAUCAGUCCACUGACAGAGUAUCAUAUUUUAUCAUCACAAUUGUCUGAUGUAAACUCAUGCCAUUUUCCAUCAAGUAUAUUUUGCUUUACAUUUUUAAGUACCUGAUGAGGGUGAUAAUUUUUUCCUAAACUGCUUAGAUAAUAAUUGCAAAAAAAUUGACAAGCAAGGUGAUUGAAGGAUGUGAUGACAAUCUCUCUGCUAUAGCUACGUUCAGUUUAUAGGAAAUAACCCAACUUAUUUCUUGUGGAGUAGGUUUGGUCAGUUAGCAAUAACCAAAUGACUUGCCAAUGUAACUGGUGCAACGGGUACUCUACAAAGACAUAAGGAACACAUAGACGAUUCCUUCUAGGAUAAGAUGAUGCUUCUUUCACUGGCUUUUGUGUUAGGUGUGGCUUCCAAUAGGAGAUGAUUGACAGUUAUAUAAGUCAUGCAUAUAUAUAUAUAUAUAUAUAUCCAACUCCUUUUGCAAUUCUUUGAAGUAGUAAUGUUAUCUUUAUUUCUUUCUAAGCUCGUCUUCCAUUUUCGAUUCAAAAACAUCGACAAUUCUGUAAAAUAACAUAAACUCUAAAUUGUUCAAUGAACUAGAGCACCCAGUAACAGGGAAAACUUUUCAGAAGUAAAAAGGGCUGCUGAAGUGUGGAAAAACUUCCCAACCAAACCCAAAGUUAAAGGUUGUAAGAGGUUUCUGUUGUUUAUGAAUCUUUUAGUGGUAAGGAGAAAGGCUGGCUGAAUCCCUUUUUUUCAUGAAACUUUCAUUCUGCUCUAUAUCUCUGGUUUGUUCUUUGUGCCCAUUUACUGCAAAGGAAGAGCAGACAUACACAAAGUUUCUGGAAAGUCAGAAUGGACUCUGAUGCUUUGGACUUUACAUAUAUUAUGUAUUAGAAAGGGUGCAUCUGUACAUUACUUAAUAUAUUAUGAACAUAGUAGAGAGAGAAUAAAAAUAAUUUUACAAAUUAUGAAUAGCAAAGGAACACAUACAACGUUCUGGAGAAAUAGAUAAAUGGUGCUACAGAGGAAGUCAGUUAUUUCAUCUUAAUUAUUUGUAAAAACAUUUAGUGAAUAGGUAAAGAUACUAAGAGUCAAGAAAAAUAUCUUAAGCCAACACUUGACCACAGUGUUGGUUUGUUUAUGACAGGUUUGGACUUCAAGAUAUACUAACAACUAGAAAACUAAAGAUAAAUAAUAAAGUACAGUUUAUCCCCCAUUAUUAUUUUAGUUUGAGAUACUUAGGGCAGUUGCUCAUCUCUCUCACAGGGAGCUUCUAGAAUGUGCUGUCCAAUAUUAUACCCAUUAGCCAAGUGUAGCGCUUUAAAUUAAUUAAAAUUCAAUAAAACUAAAAAUUCAGUUCUUCAGUCACACUAGCCCUAUUUCACGCACCCAGUAGUUACGUGUGGUUCGUGGCUACCAUGUUGGACAACACAGAACUCUCCUGUCAUUGCAGAAAAUUCUGCUAACACUGCUGUAGAGGUCUUUCCUUUUAACACCCUCCCCUUGAAGAAAAGGAGGAGGAGAAGAAAUAGAUUUGAUAGUUCCUGGGCCUAUCUAAGCGUUUUUGCUCGCAGAGAGGAAGCGUAGAGUAAUGAAAAGAAUCCCAGCUGACGCAGCUUUGAGUCUCCACUAUGUUAUCUUGGGAAAAUCACUUUAACCGCCAUGAGUCUCAAUUUGCAAGUUUGGAAAAUAAAAAUAUUUUUGUCCUGUCUUCCUUGCAAGAUUAUUAUUAUGUAGAUUGACUAAAUGUAUAGACUUUUAAAACUUUAUGUCAACAGAACCCAUGUAAAGCACAUCUGUUGGUCCAGUACCAGCACAGAUUUGUAUUCCAAGGGAAAAAAGUCCAUCAAUCCUAAAAGCAUUCAAAGACAGUCACAUCAGUACAGUUCUUGAGAAAAUGCCAAAGGAGAAUCCACUCAAACCACACAGAACUGCUUAAAUUCUUUUUUUCCCAUAUUAAUAUUUUCUCUUAAUAUUUCCUCUGCAUGACAUCAGCCUCAACUAUCCCUCCUCUCCCACAACAAAGUCCCUGUGUGCACCCUUCCUCUGGCUCAGCUCUCUAUUGUACAGAGCCACUGAGCCUCUCUAGUUUCUUCUGAUUUCCCAGUUUUCUCUUCACAACAAAGGGAAGCUCAGGAGCUGACCAGCAGGCUUCUCUAGAAAAAAGUACCUCAAACAAAUAAUUUCAAAUAUGUGGUUUAUCCCUAUAACACAAAUGUAAGGGGCUGUCACAUUAAAAUAUAAAAAUAUGUGGAACUUAAUUUUAAAUGUAAAAAUUUGCAAAUGCACACUAUAUGAAAGGAAUAAAAUAAAUUUAAAUGUUGCUGAUAUGUAGAUAAUAUAUAUUCUUAGAUUAGUAUGAUUUAUUAGUUUUGGCAAAAGAUUCUUAUGUUAUUUCCUCAUUCUGAGGGAGUAUAAAUUUGGUAAUGCCCUUAGUGUCUAUAGCCCAGGGCAAAAAAAAAA